AUGGUCCCGAUUGUCCCUGCGUCCAAGGCCGAUAUUGUGGCUCAAGCGGUCGACGUGAUUCCUACGACAAUCAAGAGGUGGCGAGCACCGAUCGUCAUGUCGAGUGCAUUGCUCUUCGGAGUCGCCAUUGCUGUUUCUCAACAUUUCAUGAACAUAUACCUGGAUGGCAAAGUCGUCGACGAAAUCGCCCUAUCUCAAGCGUGGGUAUCAAGGUUCGAGACUGCGCUUGCAUUCUUAUUCAAGACGGUUCUAUCGAUAUGCGUUGGAGAUGCCUUUGUGCAGCAUCAAUGGCGGCAUCUGCAUCAGCGGACUUUCCAGCAGAUGGGAGAUAUCGAUUGUGUUACUAACGCGCUCCGAAAACCUUCGAAUAUGUUCGAGUGGCGCGUCUGGAUCACUGCACCCCUACUGACACUCAUUGCACUGAUUUCAUGGUUCUUACCACUUACUGCGGUCGUCUCCCCAGGUUCGCUGUCACUUGAGUCACGUUACACAUCCAACACAACGCUGUUGCGAGUCCCACAGCUUUCUUACAGCCAUACAAAUUACGGAAAUGUCUCAAUGAAUGACGAUGACGAUUACUUGGAAAUCGCCCUUCAUCCAAUCCUGCUCAGGCACGCGUACGGGACUGCAGCAGCUGGGAGGCCCCAACUGCCACUUCCACAAUAUCCAAAUGAAACAUAUUCUCUCACAUUCGUCGGCCCUGCGCUAAAGUGCGCCCCCGCGAGUACUAUCCAAACAGGCUUCUACUCGUGGGCUUCCUGGGUCGCGGGUACUCAGAUGUCAACCAGUCAACCGGAGAGCGGGUUUACCUCGGGGCCUCUCAUGCUCGACACCACCUCCGAAGAUGCUGCGGGAAUUUUCGUCGUUACGGCCAAAAAUAGCUCAGUGGAACUUCAGACGCACUCGAGCGUAAAUGAUAAUGUCUCUCUCGCUGCGCCCAACGUUACUGAGUGUCGCCUGUACAAUGCCACGUACGUUGUUGACUUCCUCUAUGAGUCUUCGCGUCAGACAAGCAAUUGCUCGAUCAUUGAGUGGAUCAACCCUGUCGCCACGCGAUUGAAUGAGUGCCCGGGCGAAUGCGCCAAUGACAUUAUCACUUACGCUGCCGUCAUGAGCGCGUUUGGCAAAUUACUUGUUGGAAACUCUAAGGUUAACUCCGAUCUAAAUCUCGUCACUUGGAUGACCAAUUAUCUCAUCACUAACAUCGACUGGGAUCGCGCCGAGACGACGCAGAGAGGCCUCGAACAACUCUUCCAGAACUUGACUGUCAGUCUCAUGAGCGAGGCUGACUUGCUUAAAGAUGCAUCGCAGACAGAGCCAAUCAAAGCACAGGUCGUUAGCUAUCCCAUCGUCUACAGUUAUGAUCGUAGGGACUUGUUACUACCCUAUGGUCUGGGUCUGGUGAGUGCCGUCGCUUGUUGCCUGGUCGGACUCCAUGCAUUUCACGUCAAUGGCCUUGCCAGCUUCCAAAACCAGUUCUCGACCUAUCUGCGUGCAAUACGGGAGGACGUAUGGCAGGGCGUUUUUGAAGACAAUGAUCAUGACGGAGGCGCAGAUCCAUUGCCGAAGAAGCUCGCGAGUGCGAAAGUGGCAUUGGGAAGGGACACUGGCUCGACAGAUUGA